AUGACGAAAAAAGAUAAGAAAGCAAAGGGUCCUAAGAUGUCCACCAUUACCACCAAAAGUGGCGAAUCCUUGAAAGUCUUUGAAGAUUUGCAUGAUUUUGGAACAUAUUUGAAGGGCGAGACGGAAGACCAAGAGUUCGAUCACGUUCACUGCCAAUUGAAGUAUUAUCCGCCUUUUGUAUUGCAUGAUGCGCACGACGAUCCGGAAAAGAUCAAAGAAACGGCCAACUCGCACUCGAAGAAGUUUGUUCGUCAUUUACACCAGCAUGUUGAGAAACAUUUGUUGAAGGACAUCAAGACCGCCAUCAACAAGCCGGAAUUGAAAUUCCAUGAUAAGAAAAAGCAAGAGUCCUUUGAAAAGAUCGUCUGGAAUUAUGGUGAAGAAACGGAGUUGAACGCCAAGAAAUUUAAGGUAUCCGUUGAAGUCGUAUGUAAGCACGAUGGUGCGAUGGUGGAUGUUGAUUACAAGACAGAACCCGUACAGCCACUUAUUUAG